GGAGGAGGGAUGCUGUGAAGAUAAAGAAAACGCUGGGUCUCUUUUCAGUUGGUGGGAGAAACCAGCAAGCGAAACAAAGGCAAGAAACACGAAGAAAGGACAGAUCUGUGCCACAAAAGGAACAAUAGUUAACAAGGAGCGUUGGGUGCAUAAACACUGGGAGCAACAAGCAACAAGCAAAAGGACGAUGUGAGAAGAUGCAGCGAGGCAAAAAUUUCUGUGGGAGACAGACCAGGGUCUAACUCGAUCUGAUAUUUAAGACAGAACCACCAGAGGACAGACGAACGAGCUUUAUCCCAUUGCAUGGCUCCUCCCCGCAGCUUUCAAGACCCCAAACCGCAAGGAGCAUCACGUCAUCCCUUCUGCUCACUGCGCAUGUGCAGCAUUGCGGUCCUUGCCUCUAUUCCUUUUUCCCCCUUCUCGCCCGACACAUCUGGGCAAAAGGGGGGGUUGGAGGAGGGAGAGAGCCCUGUUACGAGAGUUUGCUCGCCAGUGUGUCGGGCCUGCUACCCACAAUGCUAUGCGGUCCUGGCCGCUCCGUCAUGGGGGUUACAGUGGGGGCCGCUGAAGCCGCUGCAUUUACCACAGCUGGAGAAGCCGAAGUCUCGGCGGUAGCGGCCCAAAACAUUUUGUCUCCCCGCCGACCGAUUUGAGUUGUCCCGCCUCGCUGGGGCUUGUCCAGCAUGAGUGGCGACGGCGGCGGCGGCAGUAGCGGCUCCUCUUCGUCUGCGCCCGGCCGCUUCGCUGAUUACUUCGUGAUCUGCGGGCUGGACACCGAGACUGGUUUAGAGCCGGACGAGCUCUCCGCAUUAUGCCAGUAUAUACAGGCCUCUAAAGCCCAAGAUGGUGGUGGCCGUUUCAUUUCAAGUUCAGCAGAAGGUGAAAACUUUGAACAAACUCCAUUAAGACGCACAUUCAAAUCCAAAGUUCUUGCUCGUUAUCCUGAAAAUGUUGAAUGGAAUCCUUUUGAUCAGGAUGCAGUGGGAAUGUUAUGUAUGCCUAAGGGGCUGUCUUUCAAGACACAAGCUGAUGCCAGAGAACCUCAGUUUCAUUCAUUUAUCAUUACCCGUGAAGAUGGCUCUCGGACAUUUGGUUUUUCCCUAACAUUUUAUGAGGAAGUUACCAGCAAACAAAUCUGUAGUGCGAUGCAGACAUUGUAUCACAUGCACAAUGCGGAAUAUGAUAUUCUUCAUAUUCCACCUACCAAUGAUAAAGAUAACUGUAGCAGCAUAGAAGACUGUAAUGGCACCUCUGUAUCAAAGCUACAGCGAUUUAACUCGUAUGAUAUUAGCAGAGACACUCUCUUUGUCUCUAAGUGCAUUUGUUUGAUAACCCCAAUGUCUUUCAUGAAGGCAUGUAGGAAAGUGCUUGAGCAACUUCAUCAAGCUGUAACUUCACCUCAGCCACCACCAUUACCUUUGGAAAGCUUUAUCUACAAUAUACUCUAUGAAGUUCCUCUUCCUCCAGCAGGGAGAUCUCUAAAAUUUUCAGGAGUUUAUGGACCAGUUAUCUGCCAGAGGCCAAGCACCAGUGAACUGCCAUUAUUUGACUUCCCAGUUAAAGAAGUUUUUGAGUUACUUGGAGUAGAGAAUAUGGUUCAGCUCUUCACCUGUGCUCUUCUGGAAUUUCAGAUACUGCUUUAUUCGCAGCAUUACCAGAGACUGAUGACUGUGGCAGAGACAAUCACAGCACUGAUGUUUCCAUUCCAGUGGCAGCAUGUUUAUGUUCCCAUCCUUCCAGCCUCUCUCCUGCAUUUUUUAGAUGCUCCUGUCCCUUAUUUGAUGGGCUUGCACUCUAAUGGACUAGAUGACCGGUCUAAGCUGGAGCUCCCCCAAGAGGCAAAUUUGUGCUUUGUGGACAUAGAUAACCACUAUGUUGAGUUACCAGAAGACUUGCCUCAGUUUCCAAAUAAACUUGAAUUCAUUCAAGAAGUCUCGGAGAUCCUUAUGGCUUUUGGGAUUUCACCUGAGGGAAACUUGCACUGUAGUGAAAGUGCCUCGAAGAUGAAGAGCCUCAGAACAUGUGACAUAGUCUCUGAUAAGAGAAAUGGGAACUUAGGAGGAACACCUUUAAAUUCUUAUGAAUUACUGAAAGAAAAUGAGACUAUAGCAAGACUCCAAGCACUUGUUAAAAGGACAGGUGUGAGCCUAGAAAAGCUUGAAGUACGAGAAGAGAUUGGUAGCAAGAAGGAUCUCAAAGUACAAUGUGAUGAAGAAGAGUUCAAAGUUUACCAGCUGAACAUUCAAGUACGGGAAGUUUUCGCUAAUCGUUUCACUCAGAUGUUUGCAGAUUAUGAAGUAUUUGUUAUUCAGCCCAGCCAAGACAAGGAGUCAUGGUUUACCAAUAGAGAACAGAUGCAGAACUUUGAUAAAGCAUCAUUCUUGUCUGACCAGCCUGAACCUUAUUUGCCUUUCCUCUCGAGAUUUUUGGAGACACAGAUGUUUGCUUCCUUUAUCGACAACAAGAUUAUGUACCAUGAUGAUGAUGAUAAAGACCCUAUUUUGAGAGUGUUUGAUUCUAGAGUGGAUAAAAUUAGACUGUUAAAUGUUCGAACACCAACUUUGCGCACGUCCAUGUAUCAAAAGUGUACUACCAUUGAUGAGGCUGAGAAAGCUAUUGAAUUAAGGCUUGCAAAAAUAGAUCAUACUGCAGUUCAUCCCCACUUGCUAGAUAUGAAGAUUGGACAAGGAAAAUAUGAACCUGGAUUUUUUCCCAAACUUCAAUCCGAUGUACUUUCUACAGGACCAGCAAGCAAUAAAUGGACCAAACGAAAUGCACCUGCACAGUGGAGGCGGAAAGACAGACAGAAACAGCACACAGAACACCUUCGUCUUGACAAUGAUCAGAGAGAGAAGUAUAUCCAAGAAGCUCGGAAUCUUGGCAGCACUAUCCGGCAGCCCAAAUUGUCUAACCUCUCACCAUCAGUAAUUGCCCAGACCAAUUGGAAAUUUGUUGAAGGAUUGCUGAAGGAAUGCCGAAAUAAGACAAAGAGAAUGCUAGUGGAAAAAAUGGGCCGUGAAGCAGUUGAACUUGGUCAUGGUGAGGUGAACAUUACAGGUGUAGAAGAAAAUACAUUGAUAGCGAGUCUCUGUGAUCUCUUGGAAAGGAUAUGGAGCCAUGGUCUGCAGGUGAAGCAGGAUAGAAGCUGUACUACUUUCAUCCUAAAAGAUAGAGCGUCAGUAUACUCUGCUACAACUCAGAUUUGGGCCUUUCAGACCAGCAAGCGGCCAACCCUACAUAAGGGGAAAUCUGCUUUGUGGUCACACUUAUUACAUUACCAAGAAAACAGGCAGCGAAAACCUACAUCCGGAAGCAUCAGUACGUCAGGAAUACUUCUAGAUUCAGAAAGAAGGAAGUCUGAUGCCAGCCCAGCAAUGUCUCCCUUAAGAGUAUCUCUCAUCCAAGACAUGAGGCAUAUCCAGAAUAUUAGUGAGAUCAAAACAGAUGUUGGUAAGGCUAGAGCUUGGGUUCGGCUCUCAAUGGAGAAGAAAUUACUUUCCAGACAUUUGAAACACCUUCUUUCUGAUCAUGAACUCACAAAAAAACUCUACAAGCGCUAUGCUUUCCUACGCUGUGAUGAUGAAAAAGAGCAAUUUCUUUAUCAUCUCCUGUCAUUCAACGCUGUUGAUUACUUUUGUUUUACCAAUGUUUUUACAACUAUCUUGAUACCAUACCAUAUAUUGAUCGUUCCUAGCAAAAAACUUGGUGGCUCAAUGUUCACAGCCAACCCAUGGAUUUGCAUUUCAGGAGAACUGGGUGAAACAGGUGUCCUACAGAUUCCAAGGAAUACUUUGGAGAUGACAUUUGAGUGUCAGAACCUGGGGAAGCUUACCACAGUACAAAUAGGACAUGAUAACUCUGGACUGUAUGCAAAGUGGCUUGUAGAAUAUGUCAUGGUCAGAAAUGAAGUAACAGGUCACACUUACAAGUUUCCAUGUGGGAGGUGGCUUGGAAAAGGGAUAGAUGAUGGUAGCUUAGAGAGGAUCCUGGUGGGAGAAUUGCUGACGUCCCAUUCUGAGGUGGAUGAAAGGCAGUGCAGAACCCCGCCUUUGCAGCAGUCCCCAAGCAUGAUCAGAAGAUUCGUUACAAUAUCGCCAAACAACAAACCAAAGUUAAAUACGGGUCAAAUACAAGAAUCUAUUGGUGAAGCAGUAAAUGGAAUUGUCAAACACUUCCACAAGCCAGAGAAAGAGAGAGGGAGUUUGACACUUUUGCUAUGUGGUGAAGGUGGGCUUGUCUCAGCUCUUGAGCAGGUGUUUCAGCAUGGAUUUAAAUCUUCCAGGCUCUUCAAAAAUGUCUUUAUUUGGGAUUUUCUAGAAAAAGCACAAGGAUAUUAUGAAGCUCUUGAUCAGAAUGAAUUGGCCCCAGAGGAAAACUGGCAGAAAAGGGCCAGAAGUUUUUGCCACUUUGUCACAGCCAUCAAUAACACUCCUAGAAACAUUGGGAAAGAUGGCAAGUUUCAGAUGUUGGUGUGCCUUGGAGCCAGAGAUCACCUCUUACACCAUUGGAUUGCCUUACUGGCAGACUGUCCCAUCACAACUCAGAUGUAUGAAGACACAGCACUCAUAAAGGAUCAUACUUUAGUGAAUUCCUUGAUUCGUGUGUUGCAGACUUUGCAGGAGUUCAACAUCAUACUAGAGGCAUCCCUCGUUAAAGGAAUAGACAUCUGAUCUGCUUCUUGCACUGUAAAAAAGCACCAAGGAACAAAACAUUAUUAGUAUGCAAAAAUACUAUCUGCUAAUACAUUGCAUCGAAAAAUUUAUGUCAUUCACUACAAUUUUUCUGGAAAGAAACUCAAAACAGAAUGUGGAAGUAUGGAUAGAAGCUCUAUUACCUGAUGUGUAACAGGGAUAAAAUACCUAUGAAUCACUUUUAGAAUUUAUUUGCUGAUUUGCUUUUACACACUUUCAUGUGAAAGAAUUAAGAUGAGUAUUGUGCAGCUUAUUUUAAAGCUGUAAUAUUUCUUUGCCAUUGAAAAUGAUGCAGUGAAAAGCUCUUGGCAUCCUCUGAACUUGCCUUCAGACUGUAUGUUGAAAAGUAUAGUUACAUUCCACUUAAGCUAAGAGUCAAUCACCAACUGAAAAUCUAAUAGUAUAUUAUAAACAUCAUAAUAAUUGGCUUUUCCAUGUUGGGUCACUGCUCUGCUGCAAGAAAACUAAAAGUUUAAAUAUUGUUUUUAAUAGCCUCAAAGCACUGUAUGCAUUAGCAAAUUUUUUUUCUUUUAUUUCGGUUGUCAGUAUUAUUUUGUAGCAGAGUCUGGAAGAGUGAAUCAUGCAGAUGUGCAGAGAUCAGUGAUAUUUUUUCAUAAGGGUACAGAAUUGCACAGAGAAAAUUAUAAAUGUGUUUUUAACUGGCAUUUAUUUAUUUAACUUUUCAUCAUGUUGUAAUGUCUUUGUGUAAGAAAAAGAAUACUAUAUACUUAACAUGCUUUGUUACAUGGUUGUUGUGUUUUGAAUUUAGGACCUAAUUAGAAAACAGCCCACUUAAGGCCAGAAUAAGAGUAUGUGUUAGCAAAAUACGUCUCAGCAUGAACCUGACUUUCAAAUCCAGUUUGUCAUGACUAACUUUAGACCACUGAUUUCAUUGGGUCUUCUCUGAGUAUGAUAUACGUGGGAUAUCACCCGUAAAUGAUUGUCCUAAAACCAGAUGUACUCUAUAUAAUUAGCUAACAGUCUAAUAAAAGACAAUGCAAUACUGACCCGGAUUCCAUGUAAUGCUAAGCCAAAGCAUGGUUUAGUGCGAAAGACCAAACAUUCAGGUUUCCGAAGUGAAGGAUCACAGCUGCCGCACUCCUCCCCCAGUUAAGCUGCUGCUGUGCUACCUGGGGCUAAGCCAUGCUUUGGCUUAGUGUUACAUCUGAAUCCAGGCUUAUGGUUUGUCUCACUCCAGACAAACCACAAACUGUAACCAAGGUCUGUCCUUGGUUUCCUGCUAACAGUUUGUCUGGGGGAGGGAGAUCAACUAUAAGUCGACAACUGGGUGUAACACUAAGCAAAUCAUGGCUUAGUGGUGGGUAGGGUGGCAGAAGCAAGACCAGAAGAGGAAUGCUGCAGCCAUUAACUUUGCUCUAGGAACCCACACAUUUGCUUAUUUGCACUAAGCCAUGAUUUGGCUUGGCGUUAUGUGCAAACUGAACUGGUAUAUAAAUGUGAGAAUCAGAUAACAGCAGCAGUUUCACAGUUGUUUGAUAUCUUGCAAUACUGGCAUUAUUUCAUAACAACAUCACAAGCACAUGUGCUGGUGUGAAUAUUUUUGGUUGGGUAUGAGUGAGAGCAGUAUUACUGUGACUGACAUGCUGCUACUCAAUGUAAUACUAUGUCAAGUCUUUCACUUGGUAAGCCAGUUCACAGGCAGAACACAUGUAACAUUUUCUUUUGAAAUGCUGAAUGUUCAUGUGCUUAUUUUUGUGUUUUCUUAAAGACUGGGGUUUUGGAUACUUGUGAACAUGGUGUAAAAUAUUAGAAUACCCACAAAAUGUUCAGAAUCUGUGGACUUUCUAAAGAGUAAAGUGUCAAUUGAAGAAAUCCAGUGACAGCCUAGAAGCAAUUGUUCUUGAUAGAAUUCUCAACUAAAAUCCCUAGGAGAUACCUACUUAAUUGAGGAAACAUUAAGAUAUACUGUAGAAUGCUUUAGGUCUCUGUAUUAAGAUUCCAGAUUCUACAGGCCUUUACUGUAAAAAUGUUGUGUCAGAAGUUAGGCUUUUUAACUUCUGAUAAAAAAGUUUUCAACUGUCCAUCUUCAACAAGUAGCAUUAUUCUUUAUUUUCUACAUCUUGUGGUCAUUUUUAUUCCACUUAAAAAUAUAGCACAUGUAUUAAAUUUUACUAU